CGAGAAUUCAUGUUGUGAAUGUGCACUCAAGUCAUACACUCUAGAUAUCGCCUCUAAUGUGAUCUCUAUGCAUAGCUAGCUAUACUAUGCGAGAUCGAGAGCGAGUAGAACGUAUAUCCACGCGUUGUACGAGAAUUUUGAGAAACAUGCCUUGUAAAAUAAGCGGAGAAAAUUGCAUAAAUCAUCAUUAUGGAACAACAUAGCCUCGAUUUGUGCUUUGCAAUAGCCAUAAUAUAUUGUUUGCAGUGCUGUUUUGGCUUUUCGGACCUUUCCUUCUUGGCUGAACCUCGGGAUGGGGUAGUACCUUUGAAUACGUCGCUUCUACUCCAGUGUGAAGCAGCAGGGUUAGAGCCAAUCAGCUAUUAUUGGAAGCACAACGAGGAGCAUCUCUAUCAGUCUCCCAGAUGGAGAGUGUUGAAUGGUUCUUUAAGCAUCGGAGCUGUGGACCAGACCACAACGGGUAUCUACCAGUGCUGUGCUCGCAACCAAGUGGGUGCACUUUGCUCGAGAAAUGCGACAGUGUCUCUCACACGGAUUGGGGUUCCUGAAGUCCUGCCAGACAAUACGCAAGUCCAAGAGGGAGCAUCGAUACGACUCCUCUGCCAAGUAGAUGCUUCUUCAUAUGGGAGGUUAAAGGUCAUGUGGCUCAAAGGUGGCAUUCCUCUGCUCUCGGGAACUCCAAGAAUCAUCCAACUACCUGAAUAUGGUGCGAUACUCCAUAUUACCUCAGCUCAGUCCAGCGACUCAGGCCUUUACAGCUGUAAUGUGAGCAAUGAAUUCGAAGAGAGUCAGACCAGUGCAGAAAUGACCGUCUCGGUCACGACAAGAACGUUAGAGUCUCCUUGGGGCAUCUUGGCUGGCCCUGAAGACAUGGAUGCAAUGGCUGGCAGUGAUGUCAUACUGGAGUGUCUGCUGACAGGCCAGGAGAAUGUGGAUGUCACUUGGAAGCGAACAGAUAGAAGGGAUAUCACUCUUCAAGAGAGUACGUCUUACGGACAUCAUAACCUCCAGUUGAGAAACGUUUCAUUGGACGAUCAAGCAACAUACCAGUGCAUCGCCCUCAACUUGCUGACGGGGGAGGAAGAUAUGGUCUCUGCAUUGUUAUACAUCCUGCAGCCGCCCUACUUCCGGUUACCUGUCGAGGAUAAAGAGAAGAGUGAAAGUGUGACUGGGCGUAUGACCUGCUUUGUGGGCGGGAAACCCCCUCCCAUCGUCACAUGGUACAAGGAUGGUGAACUGGUCCCUAUCAAGGGGCGGGUCAGCCAAACGACCCCUAUCAGGGGUCAUGCGGGUGAGAUGGUGCGUAGCAUGCUGGUCAUCUGGAACUCCAUGGUUGAGGACAUUGGCGUCUACCAAUGCGUCGCUACUAACGAGGCAGGGACUGUGUCGGGAGCUAUGUUCUUCAAUGUCAAAGUGCCAGAGAACAGGCCGUUCCGACCGAAUAAUGUGACUGCCAUUGUGAGUGAUAGCCACUCCAUCACAGUGAGAUGGAAACCUGUGCCACAGCCAGAUGUCAAAGGCUACUCCAUUUACUACUACCCAACACCAGAUGGUUCAUGGGCAGCCGAGGUAGCCCGUAUGAAUGACACAGAAGUGGUAUUAGGUCAGCUGCAGCCCUAUACUAACUACACCAUCCAAGUGAAGACAUUUAUCACUCAUGGUGGCAGUAAUCUCACAGAGCCUGUCUAUGCUUCCACCAAGGAGACCUUCCCAGACAGUGCCCCAUGGUUCUGGCUGACUAGUAGCAGUCCAUUCAGCCUUAACAUCUCGUGGCUACCUCUACUAUUAGAAGAUAGCAAUGGACAUGUGCAUAUGUACAAGAUCUGUUACAAGCAAGAGGCAGCCAUUGAUGGGAGUUAUAACUGCUUUGAGAAGGCUGCAGGAAUCAACUCCAUGGUCCUCAAUAACCUUGAGGCUGCUACACGAUACGCCGUCAAGAUGGCCGCCGCGACCAGUCCUGGGUUCGGACCGGACUCUCAGUGGUUGGGCAUCCGCACCAUGGACAUGAGAAAUUGCACCCUUGCUACAUCGCUGCUCAUCGUCCAUCAGGUCAUCAAUGCCACUGCUGUAGAGAUCAAGUGGUCAGUCUCGGCGUCCAAGGAUACCUUAGGGGGUGAAGGGUCAAACAUCCAUGGUUUCAAGAUGACCCUGACCUCUUACAACGAUGGGUCGCAGCAGAUGAGGAUGUUCCUCAGGGACGCCAGGACGGUCAUCCUUGGAGGGCUAGAACGACAGACAGCAUACAAUCUUGUGAUGCAAGGAUGGAACGAGUGUGGAGAUGGUCAUGUGACCUCUAUUGCAUUUCAGAUGCCACGUAUUGAUCCUUCAAGCCGGCAAUUCAUCUUGCUCCGACCGUAUAAUGUCCGAGCCCAAUCUGUGUCACCCAAGGCCAUCAAUGUACAAUGGGAGCCUCCACAAACAUCCAUCACUAUCUCCUACUACUCAAUUCUUGCUGAGCCAACCAAGAACUCCCAUGCUAAGACAGCAGAGACAUUCAGCCCAACAUGCUCGAUAGAGUUGACGAAUUUGGAGGCAUUCACGGAGUACAGGAUUACUGUGAAAGCUCAUGGGAACGGUAUGGACAGCGACUACACUUCUCCUAUUUGGAGGAAAACAAGGGAAGAUAUCCCGUCUGCACCUACUGAUGUGAGUCUGAUCACACCCGAUGAAUCGCCUGGAGCUGUGCUGGUAGAAUGGCAACCACCUAGGUAUCCUAACGGUAUCAUCACUACAUACCACGUCACCUGCCAGGCCCUGAAUGCAUCCCAUCCGCAUCGAGAUAAUGCUACCAUAGUAACCAAUGGUACUACUCUGCAAGCAGUAUUCCACAAUCUUAAGUCUGGACAUCACUAUGCUUUCACGGUAGAGGCAUUUACCAGCGUAGGAAAGGGUCCAAGAUCAUCAAGAGUCACCUACAUUGUAAGGGUUCAGGAGCCCCCAAAUAAAACCCCAUACCCAGAGCUGGUGAAUGAUUUGGAGAAAGGAAUUGUGGUUGGGAUUGUGCUUGCGACGCUCUGUAUCAUGAUCUGUACACUACUGCUUCUCUUCAGACACAGGAGAGAUUGCACCUGUCACCACAAGUUCUGCGUAACCAAACAAGAAGAGAGACCGAUGCCAGGCAUAGAGUUAGGAGAAACAAAAACAGUAGAAACACAGCUUUAUAGUCCACUCCCACAAUCAGCAGUCUUGCAGCAUCAGCUCUGCAACGAUCAAGAAGACCCGAAAAGUAGAGAACCGUUACUGCAUGACCUCAGUCUCACCAAGCCUCACUUUGGCUACCUCAAUGGAACCACACUCACCGUUAAUAACAGCACCACCACCAGUAAGAUACCACCUCAUACACAGCAACAGCAUCAGGAGUCCAGUCUACCUCAUCUGGCCAGCACAAGCCAUCAGGAAUCCCCUUCUCAAUGCUCCUCUCAACCCCUAACUUUCUGCCCUGAAGCGACAACGAGUAGUGGGAGCAGCCAGCAAGACAUCGUCGCAAAGGUUGCAGAAACAUCCACCCACCAGUGUUUGGUCCAUCCAGACCUUGCAUCUACCUCAGUGAUAGACGAGUCGCACGUAGCACUGCUACAAGAACAAAACCUCCCGGAUGGCUCGGGCACAGAUUCACCGCCGCGCCCAGCCUCGUACCGGGGCACCAACAGCGAUAGCGGAAUGGACGGUGACAUAGACUGGGAGAUCGGUGACGAUCCUGACGAUGCCGGUUCAAACACUGGGCAUGCAGUUGAUCCCAGUACCUACCUCAGCAGGAAAACAAGUUUUCACAGUGAUCAAGAAGGGACUAAUCCAGACUUCAACUCCAAGGCACUCUACCUCUGUAGUGGGGAUGUCACCUAUGCGUAAAGUCAAGAUUUAGAACUUGCAGGGAAAAAAACUUGGAUUUCUUUUUUUAUCAGGGCGUAGAGUAAAUGUUAUCUUUUCUAAGUGUUUGGUAAUUGUUUACACACUCUGCUGGCAACUCUACCUGUGUGUUCAUCUGAGGUGGACACGCGAACGUCUAACGAUCAAACAUCUGAUGUGUGGUUUACCGUGAUAUUAAGGAGUAGUGGUGUGCUUUCCUUAGGAUUCAAACAUGCGAAGGAGCCGUGGUGAUGAGGAGUCACCUUCAGUUCGUGGCAGCGGAUCUGUGUCAACUUUAAUUUUGAUUCGUUCAAAGAGGAUCGAUCGAGCUCCUUUGAAAAAGAAGAGAUUGAAAGAAAGAGUGAGAUAUAGAAGAUUUUAAAGAGAGUGAGUGAGUAGAAAAUGUUAUCGUAGUAUAUUACCUCAAACUGACCUCAAUGGACUACUCAAAAGCCACAAUGCUUCCAUAGGAAGGUAGGUACGUGCAUGGACACAGCCCAACACCUUAUCUCAUGAUCAUGUUAUUUGUUGUAUUCAAACAUGCUGGGAGCUUUAAUUCUUCAACCUCAACAUGAUUGUCCUUUCCUUGGAGUGAGAAAAUUCGUCGUGCGUUUGCUUUGAAAUGUGAGGGAUAAAACCAGCUAUUGGAGAAAGACGAAUAAUGAAUGAAAUCCCCCUUCUUCAUACAUUUACAUGUAUCUUAAAAAAGAUCUAUUGAUAACAGUUAAUAUAAUAUUUGAAGACAGUGAAGAAGAACAAAAUGAAUGAACAUAUGAACUUUCCAUCCAGCAUUUAUUUCUUGAUUGGAGCAACUAAUCAAGCAAAUAUUACCUCUCUUAUUUCUACAAAAUAUAUUGGGUAUUUCCUGAAAUUAUUGUUUUAGUUUCAAGGAUAGCGUUUAUAUCUGUAGUGGAAGUCCAUUAGAAGAGUGUAAAUGAUGCAAUUUGGGAAUAUUGGCUUCAGGACCUCAAAGAAGCUUAACCUUAUCCAUAGCUGCCAACUAUUACUAAACUUCAUCAUAAAUAAGAAUUUCAGACCCUCUGUACAAAAUUAUGAAUGCACCUUCAAGAAAUAUGAAAAUGAGCGCAAAUAUGCCUGUAUGCUAUGAAUACAGACAUAAUACAUGGCGCAAUGCCAAACUUAAAAAAAAAAUGAAAUCGGUGGGAUGCAUGUACACACAGUCUAUCUUGCAUGGGAAGAUUGCCUUGUUGCGCUUGCUAUCCAGAGUGUUUAAGUUCAGUGGUACAUACCAAGGAGCUUACACAGUGCAUUGAAUAAUAUACACAGAAUACGUUGCGCAAUCAUGCACUCAUUUGGUCCUGGUUGGAUAUUCAUACAACCAUUAUUUGCAUGACAUUAUGUACACUUCUAUUACAAGUGUUGGCAGUUAUGCUUAUCUACCUGUUUUGGGAGAAGAUUCUUGUUUUUAACUCAUCAUGUCAUUUGUUAUAUUCACAUGCCAAUGGCAUUGUUAAGGAUCUACCUUGCUUUGAUUGGUUUCCCAAUCCUAAUGCUUUCUAGGCUGUCAGCUAAUGUUCUAUACAAAUUUACCUCUUCCUACUUGUCAUAUAACACAAAAUAGAGAGAAAAAAAAUGUUUAUUACAGUUUGGAGUUUUUGAUUAGAAGCAUCAAAUGUAGACACUUUCUACCUCUAUUAUAAAAGAGAAAGAUUACCACCAAAUGACAUUGCCUUUCUACUACAUCAGGAUUUGUUUUUGAGUUUCAUUCUCAUCUUUGUAUUCAUUCGGCAGUCUUUGGGCAAAGAAAACAGCAACAAGGGUUUCUGGAAAUCUUCCGUCUCAAACCAGUGUCAUCCUAUUCUCUGAGUAAAACAACUAUCAUUGUAAACAAAAAAUGAUUUUCAAACUUUUAAUUUUCCAAUUCUAAUGCUCUCUAGGACGUCAGCGAAUAUUCUAUACACAUUUACCUAUUCCUACUUGUCAUAUCACAGAAAAAUGAGAACUUAAAAAAAAUUAUUGUUUGGAGAUUUAGAUUAGAUACAUCAAAUAUAGACAAGUUCUACCUCUAUAA